AUGUCGACAAAAGCUGCCACCAAGAAAAUCGUUGUCUGCGGAGGCAAUGGCUUCCUCGGAAGCCGCAUCUGCAAAGCCGCAACAGCACGAGGCUGGCAAGUCACGUCCAUCUCUCGCUCCGGCGAGCCAACCUGGUCUGCUGUGACGUCCUCUCCCGUCGCACCCACAUGGUCCUCAGAUGUCAACUGGGUCAGCGCCAACAUCCUCCAACCUUCCACCUACAAACAACAUCUCGAAAACGCCGACAGCGUCGUCCACAGCAUGGGCAUUUUGCUAGAAGCAGAUUACAAAGGCGUCUUGACAGGAAAGGAGCCAAUCAUUGGUGGUCUACAGAAAGCUUUCAGCAGCACGAAACAAGGAACUCAAAACCCGCUGGAGAGAAAAGAGAGUAGCGAUGUGGAGCCACAGCACGAGGGUGGUCAAAUCACAUAUGAGGUCAUGAACAGAGACUCGGCCAUUCUGUUGGCGAAGGAGGCCUCAGCUGCUGGUGUCUCGUCUAUGGCCUACAUUUCUGCUGCAGGAGGUGCACCCAUCUUGCCGGCGAGAUAUAUCAAGACGAAGCGCGAAGCAGAAGAGUCGAUUACCACAAACUUCCCGGCUAUGAGGAGUGUCUUUAUCCGCCCUGGCUUCUUGUUUGACGCUUCGAGGACUUUUACCAUUCCAAUGGCUGGCUUGACCUUCAUGGGUGCCAUGGCCAAUUCGUUGGUUGGUGGUCGCUUGACCUGGUUGAUGGGCGCUGGUGGUGUUGAGCCGCUGAAGGCUGACUUGGUCGCUGAGGCUGUUGUUGAGGCCCUGGCUGAUGAGAAGCUCAAGGGUCCCGUCGAGGUCAAGACCAUCAAGGAGCUGGCUACUCGCGCUUGGAGAAGGGGUAUGCUCUGA